ACAAAAUCAGAUAAAACGCAAUAAAUUUUGCAUUCUACGAACAGGUUCCAUAUCUAAAUAUCGUCAUUUACUGAUUUUCCCAAGAUGUACUACCUUCUGUGUUUAGUGUGUGCUCUGUUUUACUUAACUAUCCCGACUGCUACUGGACGUAUUGUGAACCUUAGUGGAGGGACGUAUGCCACACAGAGUUCUGUUAUUGGUAAUAAAGUAGCAGAAAAAGCAGUUGACGGCAGAAAAUCAGGCAAUAUGAACGAUUGGUCCUGCACACACACAAAAAACCAAGCUAGCAACUGGUGGAAGGUUGACCUCGGAAAGCACUUCAAAAUCAAAUAUGUUAGGCUAUACAAUCGACAAGGUAGGUGA